CUUCCUGGAAACUAAGACCGUUGUGGAAUCGGUAUUUGAUGCUUCCCUCCUUAUUUCUCUUGGCUGAACCGGAAUUUGUAGCAUCGGAUUCAUAGACCAUGGAGACCACCGGCAUCGUUUACAGGAGAGUUCCAAGGUUGGCGGGGAUUAGGGUUGAUUUUGGUGGUCGGUUUUCCAGGGAAUUGAAUCUUGGUGUUGGAGAUUCCAGGGUUUCUGUUAGGCCCAGGAAUUCUUUCGGGAAAUUGAGUUGUCAGUUUUCUGAUUCAGGGCAUAUCCAGUAUUAUGUAUCGCCAAGGGCUGGUGCUGCCAAGAAGAAAGAGAAGGAAAAGAGCGGUGAGAUUAAAAGAGUCAAGACGAAGUUGAAGUUUAUUAAGAGAUUGUCCAAAGACUUGUCUAUGCUUCCUCGGAUGGCUGAUGGAGAGGAUAUUGGCAUUGGAUUGAUGGGUGAAGUUAAGACGACGAUGAUUUCUGAAGCAAGCGAUGUUUUACUGGCACAACUGCAACAGUUGAGAUCAGAACAAAUAGAGUUGAAGGGAAAAUUGAAAGAGGAACGAGCCCGGCUCAAAGCCACUCUGGAGAAAUCAGAAUCAUCAUCUUCCUCCUCUGAGUCAAGUGACAGCGAAUGUGGGAAGGUAGUUGACAUGAAAAGGCUGAGAAGCAAUGUUUUGAAACCAUUACAAGACAUAGAAGCACCGAGUGACAGUGCUUUGAAACGAACAGAAGACAUGGAAGCAGCACCGACGGCGACUGAGGAAGGAACAUUAGCUAACUCAGUUAUGGAACUAGGAAACAAGCAUCAAGCACCAGCAGACAUGGAAGCACCAAUGGUAACAGAGGAAGCAACAUUAGCUAGCUCACUCAUGGAACUGGAAAACUCAGAUUCAAGCCCCCAAAUUCGGAUACAAGAACCUUGCUCUGGAUUUGGUAGUGAAUGUUGUAGUUCAAAUGGCUUCAAGGAUGAUAUAAGUAACAGAAUUGUGGAAGGAGCAUCGACCAAGAAGAUUGAAAUUUGCAUGGGUGGCAAGUGUAGGAAGCUGGGAGCUGCUGCCUUGUUAGAAGAAUUUGAGAGGAAGGUUGGUGCAGAGGGCAGUGUUGUUGGGUGCAAAUGCAUGGGGAAGUGCAAGACCGCUCCAAAUGUAAGGGUCUGUAACUCUCCGAGUGGAAUUGAAGCAAGAAGCAAUCAAGACUCAAUCAGAAUUGGGAUUAACCCUACAUGCACUGGUGUUGGAUUGCUAGACGUGGAUCUGAUUGUUGCAAAUCUUUUAGGCAAAGACAUUGAUGAUGAAUGCCUAAUGCUCUCUCCUUGAGUCUUUGGUCAUUUUGCUUUCUCCUUUUAUAGGAGUCACAUAUUUGAGUGAAAGUGUUUGAAUAGGGGAUAGAGUGUCUGUGAUAUUGGCAUAGAAGUAACGCCCCUGUUUCUAGGCUUUAGCUGAUAAUGUACAUAUAAAUGUUUUAUUUUUCAUUUUUAAGGGAAAUAUUGAUGCACCAAGCAUCCAAAAUUUUCCAAAACGUCAGUCUAUCGAGAUUGGUGCCAAAUUUCAUAUUUAGCCUUC